AUGGCAGGGCAGGGUGAUCUGGAUCAGAGAGAGAUACACCAGGACUGGACAAACAGGGAGUACAUUGAGGUUAUCACCAGCAGCAUCAAGAAGAUCGCAGAUUUCCUCAAUUUCUUCAACAUGUCCUGCCAUUUCCGGUUAUCUACACUGAAUGAAAAACUGACAGCACUAGAACGAAGGAUUGAAUACAUCAAACCAAGGGGGAGACUCUGA